ACCCACCCUAACAACGAAGACGAACAAAAACGAAUAACUGGAAUCUACUCCACCUUCGCCACCACACCCGACAUACAUAAUGCUAUACUCCGCUUCUCUAUAAUAUAUAUAUACCCCCCUCUCUCUCCCCCUCUUUCCUUUCUAACUUUUAUCUCAUCCUCUUCCGCCCCUCCCUCCCCUUCUCUCUCUCUCUCUCUCUCUCUCUCUCUAGAUUAACGCCUCUCUUUCUCAGAGACGCGCAUAAAACAAUCUCUCUCGAAGACUCUUUGUUUUUUGACGGUGCGAGAAAAUGGUCAAGGUAGAGUGGGUGAGGACGGCGAUGACUGACGAUACCUUGGUGGCCGAGCUCCUGGUGCGUCUCAAGCAGUCUCAAGCUGCGUCUUCUUCUCACAAAUCUUGUCCUAGAGCGGUCAUACCGCUCAGAUGGGGGCUGAGGCAACCACGUUCGAGGCCGCCUGCUUUCAGAUGUGACGCCGUUCCGCGGAGUAAAGAAGCUGAUUCGAGGAGAUGUAGCCCCACCACACCUCUCUCCUGGAGCGGCGGCCGUUCCCCUUCCGCAACUGCCGACGGCUUUGAGGAGUCUAACGUCAACGCCAGCUUUUAUUUUCCCGCCUUCAGAUCCAAGGGUACUGCCGCAAAUGAAUCCACCGCUACCAAAAGGUCAAGAAGAAAAAAGACAUUUGCUGAACUUAAAGACGAGGAGAAUUCCCUAUUGAAGGAAAGGAUAUAUUUGAAAAAGGAGUUGGCAACAUUACGUGCAACUUUCAUGGAACAGAAAGCUAGAAACGAGAGCUUUAAGAGAAUGAAGUUUGACUUGGUUUUGCAUUCUGCAAAGAAUCCGAGUGCAACUUUUGAUGGACAGGAGAACGCAAUUCUCAGAGAACCCUUUCAGGCCUCUACUCCUUACCAUAACUUUCCAAGAUUACGAGAAAAUUCCUCAUAUGAUGAUACUAUGCAAUCAGAACCUUGCACGACCGACAAGGCCACUGCCUCUACAAGGGACAGCAGCUGCUUACUCCCCGAUCUAAAUAUGCUGCCUGAUCUAAAUAUGAUGCCAUCCGAGGAGGAUUCUACUUCUUAGAUAGAGGAUGAGCUGCGGACUACAUGCCGACUGUUUUUCUUCUCCUUCCUAGGGGAUCUGGUUGGAUUAGACUAUUACACGGUCUCUAUUUUUACUAAAAACAUGAUCUUCUGGUACAUGGCGCACGGCCAAUUAAGGAUAACUUGGUGGAUGAUGUAACUGUAUAAAAACUUGGACGAAGUUGCACUGGGUAGCUAGGAUUCAACUCGUCCCAGCUUUACUUCUUGAAAUGUGAAAGAAGUUGAGAGUCUUGGAGAAAGGGGUUUUGAGGGUGGUAGUGUAGCCAGUCCUAGCCGUUAAGAUUCCCAGUAUUCUCAAUUGCGGCAAGGUUCUUUCCCUCAAAAACUAAUUGGGGGUAAAUCAUCGUUACUUGUCGUUUCAGAAUUAUGUAGACAUAAUUUUUGUCAUUCUUUGUAGGGAACACGCUGUUGGAUUUUCCUGUUGAAGGUAACUUGAAAAACCAAUAACCGUUGUGUUCUUGUUCACUCGGUAUUUUUUAUGUCGAGAGGUUGUUGUUAUAUGAAAUUGCUUUAUUUGGAGCA